AAAAAAAUUCUAGCAGAAAACAAGUGAGAAACCCACGUUCCUAUUUAUAAGCCUAACUGCCCUCUAACUACUAAAACUCUCUCCACUCAACCCCAUUAUCAUCUUUUAUUCAGUUUCUUAUCAACCUCUCCUCCUCUGCAACUGCAUUAACUUAACAAAUCAAACAAAUUCUCUUUACAAAAAGCUGAGAGAACCUUAUUCAUCAAUACUAGAGAAAGAUGAAGUGGGGCAGGAAAAAAUCAUCUUCAUCUGCUUCUUCUGGCUCUUUCUUUAUCUCUCAUAUUUUACCCACUUCUUGGCUGACAAAGUUCAAGCAAAUGAACAUCAACUCAGGUAAGAAACAUGCAAAGCAAAAAGUGAAGUGGAAUUCUGUGUGUACAAGCUCCUCACGCUGUGUUAGUUCGGGAGGUAAGUUUUACGGAGGAGAUGGUGAUGCUUUUUGGAGGCUAUCGUUUGGCGAGGAGAGUCUUGAUGGCUUGAAGAGUAAAAAUGUGUUGCAAUCAGUUCGGUACAAUUCAGACGAUGAUCUUGAAUUUCCACCAUCUAGCUACCAUAGCUAUAGAUCAAAAGCUUCAAGAAUGAAUGGAACUGAACAGGUUCAGAAGUUAAGUAACAUGGUUUCUCAAGUAAGGAAGAUGAGAAGAUUGCCUAAAGAAGAGGAGAUUUUGCCAGAACCAACAUGUACAAAGAAGAAGGUAGCAGAAAUCAGAACACCAAGGCUGAAAGUUGAAAGAGCUAAGAAAUUGAAGAAAGAAAAUCAAAGGGUUUUCAAAAAAAAGCAAUUAGAAUUAGAUGGAAGACCACAUGUAGCAGAAAGGAUUCCAAGAAAUGCAGUAGUGAAGAAUAUGUAUGAAACUGAACCUCGAAGAACAGGUGGGAUGGUUGAAAGGGAGGAUCGUAAGUUGGCAGCUGCCGAUUCAAGGAAAGAUUUCUACUUCUCUUCCAUGAAUUCAAGAGAUUCUUAUGGGAGAAAACUUGAAGAUUGUGUUUUUGCAGCAGAGAAUGGAAACAGCGGAUUUUCUGCAGGGAAGUUUAGCUUUGAGUGGCAGAAAUUGAAACAAAAGAAGAUCGAAGAGCUCAAGUCCACAAGUGAAGAACAGAGGAAAUCUCUAUACAUAAGCAGAGAGUCACAGAGGAAAAGACCAAAGCAGAGCAGCAAAGUAAGAGUUUAUUCUCCACGAACAGCUUCAAAAGCCGAAAUCUGCAAAAUAAAAGCUCUGGAAGACAUGAAGAAAGCCAAGUUGAAAAUGAAAAAGAAGGCAAAGGAAAAAGAAAUGGAGGAAUUCAAUGGUUUAGAGAGCUUCGCCAUGGUGAAAUGUUCACAUGAUCCCCAGAAGGACUUCAGAGAUUCAAUGAUUGAGAUGAUUAAAGAGCAGAGGAUUAACCAGCCAGAAGAGCUUGAAGAACUCUUGGCAUGCUACCUGACAUUGAAUUCUGAUGAGUACCAUGAUCUCAUCAUCAGGGUAUUCCGGCAAGUAUGGUUCGACCUGAACCAAGCUUGUUUCGAUAUUGAAUUCACUAAUGAAGAGUGUUACUAGGAGUUAACCACAUCUUUGCUAAUGAUGGGAAAACUUGUAAGUAUGAUGUAGAUAGGUUGCUAUUCUAAUAUUAUUCUUCAAUUUCAGCACAUAA